AUGUGGGAGGACUACUUUUCGGUGCAAAUCUUCUUCAUCAUCCUUCGAGAGACUUUGGAGUCGGCCAUCAUUGUUUCGGUGCUUCUCUCGUUCCUCCAGCAAAAUUUCACCUCAAAAGAUGAGCAUGGCUCACAUGUGGUCCAGGGGUCGGCCUCUGUGUAUCGGGGUUUGGUGCUUCAAGUUUGGGUCGGUGCGCUUGCCGGCCUGGCCAUUUGUCUUUGUCUCGGUGCGAUUUUCAUUGCCGUUUUCUACCUUGUGGGAAGCGAUCUUUGGUCUGUUGCCGAACGGGUUUGGGAAGGCGUGUUUAGUAUCGUUAGUGCGCUGAUCAUCGCCGUGAUGGGAAUGGCUCUCUUGCGUAUAAACCAACUACAGUCCAAAUGGAAGUGGAAGCUUGGCGCUGCUUUGAACGAAAACGAAGAGGAGAUGCUCCAGGACUUCCAAGAUGAACCUAUGUCCGAUUACUUGACCAAGUCUGUGAAGGUGCGCGCAAAACUCAGAAAAUUCACCCGUAAGUACGCGUUGGGGAUCCUGCCUUUUGUGACUACACUACGCGAGGGUUUGGAGGCUGUCGUUUUUGUGGGAGGAAUCGGUGUUAACCAGCCAAUAUCUUCUUUUCCACUGGCCAUCAUUACCGGCGCCCUGGCGGGCACAGGAAUCGGCGUCGUUUUAUACAAGGGAGGAAACAAGAUGUCACUUCAGUUCUUCCUUGUUGUUGCCACGUGUUUCCUCUACCUUGUCGCUGCCGGCCUGAUGUCGAAGGGUGUUUGGUUCUUGGAGCUCGAACGGUUUGUCCAAAAAUGCGGUCAGGACACUUCUGAAACCGGCAGUGGGCCAGGAUCCUACGAUAUCACGAACUCUGUGUGGCACGUCAACUGCUGCAAUGGGCUCACGGACGGUGGAUGGAUGCUAUUCAACGCGCUUCUUGGUUGGACUAAUUCUGCCACCUACGGCUCGGUUGCGUCGUAUAUUCUAUUUUGGUGCUUCGUGAUCGGCCUGAUAAAGAGCAGAGAGAUAAUUACUACAAACGGUUACUUACCAGGAAUACCUUUGCGCUACCAGCUGAAGAAAGUCAAGAAGAGAAUCGCCAUAAACAGGAUCCUGUUGGAGGAACUUGUGCAGGACUAUCAUGACGUUUCUAGCAACCACAGCAUCGAUGAGGUGGCUGCUGUCAACGAACAGAGCACCCUAUUGCAUACCUCCGAUCAUUAA